AUGGGGAAUUGCUCUCACAGAGCAGUAUCCGACGUUGGUGGUUCUUCAGUCACCGUCAUUCAGGCAGAUUCCAAAAACAUAAUGGAAGAUUAUUACAGAAGCCAGAGUUUUAGCUCGUUGCCAGUAACCAAGGAGAAAACCCUAGGGUACCUUGUUAGACAAGGUACGCUAAGCCCUAAAAGAGUUGGACCAAAGAUACAAGUGUCGCCGCAAAGAAGAAGAAAUGGAGUUUGGAAAGCGAAAGUGGUGAUUGGAAGUAAACAGCUUGAAGAGAUUUUGGCUGUUGAAGGCAAUACACACGCUUUGAUUGAUCAGCUUCGGUUUGCUGCAGCACAAGCUUUAACUUCUUCUUCAACCUCUUCCUCGGAGAUGGUCGGAGGUCGAAACUUAUUGUCUCGAUCCCGAAAAAACAAUGAGAAGUAUUUCUGUUAG